AUGGCUUCAGACUUCGACUUCGAUCUCACCAUCUGGAAUAGCUAUUCAUCUUCAACAUUCAACUCCUCAUCCAAGGAGCAGCCUAGUCUCUUCUCGUCACAUAGAAUCCAGGAUGUCCGUCCUCCAGACGUGAGCUCUCAAUUAGCUGCUCGUAUGGGCGAAGCUGAAGCUCUUGGAGAGUCACUCGUGAGCAUCAUUCAAAUCAAGAAAUAUACCCCUGCAAUUAUCACAACCCUAGAGAGCUGUUUCUCUGAAUUUCCACGGGAGCUUCUUGAAAAUGUUGUUUUGAACACAGCCAAUGGCCAAAACAUAUCGGUCAUUCCAAGCACCCACGAUGAAUCCACGGGCAUCCGAUCUCUUAUAAAUUUCCCCUUUGUCUUGCCAUCUUCGUACACUUCCGAGACAGAGACCGACAACCGCAUUAGUUUCUUGCCAGUGGCUAUUUGGCUUUACCCAUCUUCUUUCAUCAAGACCUCCCAACAAGGUAGUUCUAGAACGAACAUUGUGCUUAUUUGUACCAACUCCCACGUCUCCCGUGCGCUUAUCUCAUAUUAUGGUGCUGCCUAUCAAAAACGGUGGAUGCGAUUACAGAAAAGCCCCACCUGGAUAUUUCCAGAUAUCCUACACGCUUUGGGCGGCUGGUGGGAAGUCUGGAACAUCACAAAACAACACCUGGGUGUUUAUCACCGUUACGUUCAUGAACUUUCUCGUCCGGUCCGGUUGCUGAACAUCAGAGACUCUCAAAAGCCUCGGCUGCUCGAUCUAGCACGACAACUUCAUGACAAAAACGCGAUUUUACUGUCCGUGCGUGAGCAGCUUCGCAUUCACUCGGCUGCGCUUUCACGCUUUCUUCGUCUGCCCAUGUGUACUUCGUCACAAGACGUCAUAGACAGAUUGCAAGAGCAUCUCGAAGAUAUCAACUACCAUGAGGAAACAUCUCAGGUGUUGACACGGCAGCUUGAAAAUAUUAUGAGCUUGGUAUUCAGUAUCGAGACCAUGGCUCAAGGCCAGGCAGUAGCUCGAUUGAAUAUUCUUGCCUUUGCAUUUCUUCCUUUGUCGUGGGUCGCCAGUUUAUUUGGCAUGACACAAUUCUCCUUGUCCGCGGCCUGGUAUCCCCUCGGGGCAUUAAUCGCCCUCCUUGUCGUGGUCGCGAUUUCAUUUGCUCUCCCUAUACAUGGCUUCGACUGGUCUACGAUGUGUCAGUCGAUGUCACGUCGACUCAACAAGGACAUGAUAUCGUCGACACAUGAUCCUGAUACUCCCGCAGGCUCCCAUGCACCUUCGGUCUAUAACUCAUCUACUAUCGAUCUCAGUCGGCAAGAACUUCCUCUGCAAGAACUUAUUCAGCAAGAGCUCAUACAGCGAGAACUCAUUCAGCAAGAUCUCAUUCAGGAAGAACUCAGUCGGCAGGCAAACCUCAGUUUGCACAAAAUUAGUUCUCCCGUACAUCGCAUGAGUGGAUCUCCUCAUCCCGCCAAUCCGUUUAUCCGGACCAAGCCUAACGCGCCGGCACCUAUCAGAAAGUCCAGCGAGGUUGUGGAGUAA